AUGUCUGAACGUCGAAACUAUCACAGAUUCCCCAAGGGCCAAACGUGUGAGCAAUGUCCGUCCAAGCGGUGGUACUCGGAAGACGGACGGCGAUACUGCGACCGGGGCCAUGAGAUAGAGGGAUUCGUGGAACGCGGAUUCGAGGACGAGGAUGCGUUUGGGCAGACGGGCCACAUCGCCCGAAAAGAGAAGGAGGAGCGCGAGAGGGUGUCCCGAACGCUGUCGGGCAACGCGUCGCGCGAGCUGUACCUCCAGUGCUUGCAGCUGGUCCUACGCAAGCAGCUCUUCUGGCUCUUGCGCGACCGCGGCCUGCCGCCCGAGCUGGAGACCGUUGUGCGCGACCUCUGGGCGCUGCGCACGCGCAACAUCGCGGGGCUCAAGACCGUGGCGGACGCGAAGAGGGAGGAGGGCGAUGGCGACGACGAGGAGGCUGGUGGCUCGUUUGGCUCGGGCACAGAGGCCGGCACGCCCGAGUUGAAGAUGUACAGCUCCGAGGGGAGCGCCAGCGAGAAGAGCGGUGACUUGUCGGACGCCACGAACAUCACCACCAUGAGCACCAGAGCUCGUAGCUGGAGUACGGAUAUCAGCUCCAAGCGAUCGCUCCCGACGCUCAUUGACACUCUGGCGCUCUGCUAUCUUGGCACUCUCUUGAUGCGCCUGCCCGUGAGGGUUGGGGAUUUGUUUGUUUGGGGAAUGAACAGCCAGAUAACGUACCUUGAUGCUAUUCAGGAGCUGCCCAAGGGGAUGAGCAGCCGCCUCCCAAGUCGGUAUCAAAGAAUGCUGUCCGCGCGCGCCUCUCCGUUUUCCGGCGGCGAACUGCACGAGGCCGUGAUACGGCUAGCAGGCUCGUUCAAUGCGAACUACAAGCUCAAAUUCCCGCCCCUGAAUGAGCCGCUGUUGCUUAUGAGGUACACAAGAGAGCUUGCGCUCCCGAUCGAAGUGUAUGCCUUCGUCCAGGGGAUGGUGGAGUUCCUUAAUGUCGACUUUACGUUUCCUCUGGAGCAGCGAAGGGUCAAGCUGCUGGAUCACCCUGAUGUUUUCCUCGUUGCUUGCACAGUUCUGGCUACGAAACUUCUCUGCCCAUUCGACAACGACGAGAGAUUUGCAGAGGGCGCCGCUCCUCCAUUGGCCAGCAUGAACUGGGAUACCUGGAAUCGCAGCUUCAGCAAGCCGGAGGCGGAAAUUACUCUCUCACGGCGCGAUCUCGAAAAGCUCGGUUCUGAGGAGGCGUGGACCCUCAACAGUACCAAGACCGACGACUACCUGGACUGGUACCAGCAAGCCAAAAUCGACGAACAGCGUCCUAAUGUGCUGGCUCGUUUUGCCGCCCUGUUCCCCUUGGAAAAGAGAGACAGGAAGGAGCCUGCUUCAGAGCCUAGCGAGGCGGCAAUAGAUGAGAGACUUACUCGCCUGCAGGGCAGUAUAAGUAGUAUAUCGAUCGGAGCCACCGGCACCAGGAGACCUGGCGAGGCGCAUCACGUAUACAGGACCGUUGAGGAUCUCACAGAAAACUCCAAGCUGUUUUAUACCAAAGCAGCCGAGAUCUCAGGGUUGUCGAUCGCCAAGCUAGUCAAAGCCGUUUUCAUGCUUGAGCGAAGGCUUGACGCAUGGAUUGCGACUAAAAAGCAGGCAGACAAGGGAGAGCGGGAUGACGCCUAG